GGGUACAGCUUUUGUCAAAUUAACGUACAAAGUUUUUAUUUUUUUAAUUGAAGGUAACCCAAUUCUCCUAACCUGCUGCGAAAAGUCAAAUCUGACGAAAGCGGCAUCCUUUCUAGUCAAGACCGAUUAACCUGAUACGAAAAUUCCAAUCUUGACAAAAGCUGUAUCCCAUCUAGUCGAAUCUGACUUUGGUAUUUGUGUCGGAGUGGAUCACGGCCUCGGGUGGGACAGGCGCAACUGACGUCUAUAUAUUUCCUCGUCAGCUUCCCCCUCAUCAUAUAGUUUCAGAAAUAGGAACCGGGUUGACAAGUUUUCGGACGAUUUCAAGUAUUUGGGUAAAUCGCGCCAAUUGUUGUGCCACUGAAUUACCCGAAAUAACAACCAGAAAUGGAUGAGAAGUGUUUUACGAAGGAGAUCGACCUAUGGAUCGAACAAGUCACCGAAUGCAAACAGCUGUCGGAGAGCCAAGUAAAAACUCUGUGCGAAAAGGCAAAGGAGAUUCUGACCAAGGAGUCCAAUGUGCAAGAGGUCCGAUGUCCAGUCACAGUGUGUGGAGAUGUCCACGGCCAGUUCCACGACCUAAUGGAGCUCUUCAGAAUCGGAGGGAAGUCUCCAGACACAAACUACCUGUUCAUGGGAGAUUACGUGGACCGAGGCUACUACUCUGUAGAAACUGUCACGCUACUUGUAGCACUUAAGGUUCGGUACCGUGAACGCAUCACAAUCCUUCGGGGGAACCACGAAAGCAGACAGAUCACACAAGUGUACGGCUUCUAUGACGAGUGUCUAAGGAAGUACGGCAAUGCAAACGUAUGGAAAUACUUCACAGACCUCUUCGAUUACCUUCCCCUCACCGCCUUGGUAGAUACUCAGAUAUUCUGUCUUCACGGGGGCCUGUCACCGUCCAUAGACACGUUGGAUCACAUCCGAGCGCUGGACCGAUUGCAGGAAGUUCCACAUGAGGGCCCCAUGUGUGACCUGCUGUGGUCAGACCCAGAUGACCGUGGGGGCUGGGGCAUCUCCCCCAGGGGGGCUGGCUACACCUUUGGCCAGGAUAUAUCUGAGACAUUCAACCAUGCCAACCGUCUUACUCUGGUGUCCAGAGCUCAUCAGCUGGUUAUGGAGGGUUACAACUGGUGCCACGAGCGAAACGUGGUGACAAUAUUCAGUGCACCAAAUUACUGUUACCGUUGUGGUAACCAGGCAGCUAUCAUGGAACUCGACGACACCCUGAAAUACUCCUUCCUGCAGUUUGACCCAGCGCCUCGUAGAGGGGAACCUCAUGUCACCCGUCGCACCCCAGACUACUUCCUGUAAAACCUCACCCCUUGUACUGUCCAGUUUUGCCAUGAUUUAUGAAAAUACCUUUAGCAUCCAACACCAUGGGAGGGGGGGACACGGCAAAACAUCAAUGUACAUAAUUGUAUUCACACAAUUCUAUUUAAGCAUUCAGAAAAUAUGUGUACAUGGACCAAAAGGUGUGUGCCAUAUAUUCAUUACGAAAUGCUGAAGAGUAUAAUGUCCAAGAUCACAACCCCAAUUCCUUACUCCACUAGCUCUACUCGGGUCUUAAAUCUCAAGGUGAGCGCGGCAACCAAGUUUUGUAAAUUGAAACGUAUUCAAUCCAAUGUACCAUGGCUUAUUUUGUGAGUCCCCACAUUUUCAGAUGUAAAAAAAAACAACACUGUUUGCACUUUUUUUUUUUUUUUUACAUUCUAAGAACCUUUAAACGCAAGUCAGAAGUUGGCGGUUUCAUUCUACAGAACGUUUUAUUUUAGAUUCUGUCAGCAGCUUUUUGAUGGGUUAAUCUCUCCGGUACACGUUUGAUGACAAACUUGCUUAAACAGAUGCCCAUUCAAUUGUGUAUGGCAGACUGAAAAAUACCUUUGUGAAAAUAGUCACACACACUACUCACUCAUGAUUAUCUAGUUUCUGUAUUGAAGGAUCCAGUUCAAUAAUAAAGUUGUUCCUUGACUUGU